AAAGAUGGCAACACGAAACUUACAUGACGUCAUAUCAGAUCGUUCAUACUCUCAAAACAGCGAUUAUUUUAAAUUUCAAUUAUGAUCUUAACCUUUUUUGUGUUAAUUUUGUUCUUAUAUUAUGGUAAAACACGAAGGCAACGAAUUUGAACGAAAAUUUAAAUACUUAUAUUAAAGUUGACUCAUUAUUGAUUAGUUUGUUCUCAUUCUACUCACUAUAUACGGUAUUCUUUAUACCAGUGUAAUUUACUAGGCUGUCGUUUCUGGCUACACUGCCAUGCAACUACUACCCUAAUUUUCGGGGCGGAAAACGAACAGGCCGAGCUAGGAAGGAAGGAGACAAAGCGUUAUCGCUAUGCCAGGAGGCCAUUUCCAGGGUGGGUCUCAGUCACCAACCAUGUACACUUCUGAUGGUGAACGGAACUCUGCAGAAGAUAGUGAUAAGCCCGAAUGGCUAAAAGAAUUGAUGAUGAAGAAAGGGGCUGCUGGCCGGGCUAGUUCUUCUCUUGUUAUGCUGGUAGACAGAAACCGCGCAGCCUCGAGUGGUGAACCGUUGAAACAGUCCACGCAAGAGUCAAAGUGUGAGGGGACCAAAGCUGUCUCACAGGUUAUUCACCCCUCUAAAGCCGAAACGAGCAAUGUGAACACCCCGGGUGGCUUAUACACACGUCCUGACGAGUUUGCGGCGUCACGCGCGCUCACAUUCCAUAGAGUAGGCAUACAGGCCAGAGGAGGGGGCAGUGUGCCAGGCACAGAGGAAAGCGUCCAAACGAAAGUUGAAAUGAUAUCUGGUGUACCAGUUAGCGCCAGUAGUUCAGGGUUGUUUCCUUUAAAGAGAGGACCCCAGUUAGAUUUUCUGCAGUGUAGCUCGAGUGUUGGGCAUGGCCAUACUUCAACAAGUGAUUCUAGAGCGUCGUUAACUACCAAAAAGCCAGCUGACAAAAUGGGCGAAGAUUAUACGCCUAAUUUGAACGAGCAAAGUGAAGUGAACGGAUACGGGUCCACUUCUGAACGAUCUAAAAUGAAUAGCCCUACUUCUUCGUCCACCUUUAGCGACCUUAGCCAUUAUCAGCCGUCAUCUUCCGAUGAGAGUGAGAGGGAGUUGGAAUAUGGCCCUGGGAUUGUGGACAAGCUUAAAUCCAAGUUUAUUAGUAUUUCCCUGAAAGAGAAACGUUUCAAAAUUGAAGGGGUUUUGAGGCGCUAUUCUAGUAUGGAAAACCUUCUCGAUAAGGACACUACUAUGUUCCAGGCCACUGGACUGUCAGCCCCAGAUCGGCUAUUUGUCGCAGGAAACAGAGCGAACGGUAAUUCAAGUUUGAAUUACAGUAAUUUGAAAAAAGUUAAAAGUAUGGAGACAUUGUUACUGGAAUCAGAUCAAUCUCGUAAACGGAGUUUGUUUCCUAUUACUCCUCAGCCAGCUCUCAGGGUAACAAACCAAGUGACUGUCAAGUUUCCUGGAUCUAGCCAUUCUCCUCGCUCCAUGCUGGUCAACGAAGAUGUUGUGAUAAUCGAAAACAAAGCCAAUACGCAAGGACAUAAUGCAUCAAGUAUGGAAAAAGUGUUUAAACGUAGAGAUCUUAAUCGCCAAACAUCAACCCCAAGCAUUACUGAUGACGAGCUUCCUAAACCAGAUACUGUACGCAAUUAUAAGCGAUUAUUUGAACCAUUAGAUAAAAAAUCUAAAACUCAGAGUAAUGUCAGAAGAAAACCGCCUGUAGUGAGAGCCAUUACCACGUCUACAGGUAGUAAAUGUGUUAAUACUAUCACCAGCUGUAGUCCCCAGGAAACCGCAAUCGUUCAACCUAUUAGCAAACAACAGGACAAUGAAGAAAAAGACUUAAGUCAGAAUGAUGGGGUAGAAUCUAGUUGUAAGAGUAAAUAUAAAUAUGCCAAACACAGUGCCAAAGAACCACUUACAAACGGGAAUCAAUCCCAAACGCAUUUUGAAACUGAGGUGACUAAAGAAAGAACUUAUUUGGUGUUGAAUGAUGGUCACGAAGAAAACGACGUUGUGAGUAGUACAAAAGACACUUUAGAUCGAAUUAGUUCGGCAAAUUUAAACAUGACCUUUGGAGGUGUAAAAUCCGCCAGAGAAGGUGGUGUUGAAAAAGGGAGCGAACCUGCAGCCAUAACUAAUUCAAGCUGUGCUUUCAUAUCUGACGUUUCAUCGAAGGUCACUCCUCCUGUGCAACGAAAGCUAGACGAAAAACCAGUGGCUAACAUUAAACCUAUUCCGAAGUCAAGCCAGAGUGCUUCAGUUCAUAGUUCCAAAGAAAACUGGUCUACUUCUCAUGCUAUUAUUACGAAAGGCGACGAAGUGAAGAUGGUUCCCGUGGAGGUAAAGGGCGAUGAGUUGGAGGGUAUAUCCACCAGUAAGAAUGUUGAUGUAAACCGUUCAGACUCCCCAUUAGCUGCAAAUAAGAUAACACCUCUUACCGAUUCCGAAGCAGGCGAUAUUCUUAAACCAACUGCAUUAAUAGGAAACAAAAAACCUACGUGGCAGAAACCACCUCCAUCAACAUCAUCCGUUGUGUUUGACUUUAGAGGAAAGAGUGUCAAGGCUAACGUAGCCUUGACACCUGCGCCUUUUGGAUGUAAACCGAUAAAAGUUGCCAGGAGAGUCCGCGUGGACGGCAAGGAAAGUAAAAACGGUCUUGUAAAUGGUAUGAUGGUAGAAACUGAUGGAAAUGAUUUAGAUGAUGAAGACUUGGAAUUUGAGGAUCCAGGAUUAGGUGCCGAUUUGCCUCAUCCUUCUGGAAUAUUUUUCGAAGGAGAAAAUGUUAUAAUCGGGAAAGGAUCUCUUUUAACUACCAGGAAUAAAAAUCUUAGCACUCAAUUUGACGACAGUGCAACUUCUACGUACGAGUACCCUUCCGGAACAUGUGGUUCCAACAACUCUCCAUCUGAUGAGUUGCCAAAGGAAAUGGUCCUUGCUCAGGAAAAUAAAGAACUUAAGUCAAGUCUGGCCCACCCAGUGGCGGGUAGUCUCAGUAGUUAUACUCCAACUGUGCUUAGUAGCAACAGUGAUACCUUUGAGCUUGGAGUGUCCCGACCUAUUCACAGAGAAACCCUACCCCCUGCACCCCAACAGGAAUCAACCAACUCUGAAAAUGAUGAAGAGAUGCUCAAACCUGCUGACCCAGAGGACAUCUCAUCUUGGUCAUCUUCUACAACUUCUGAUCUUUUAUUCUAAGCCCUGAAAAGUACCAGGAUCUUAAGAAAAUAACAUAUAAUGGCUGUGGCCAGUAAACUAAGGGACAAUGCUGUUAGGCUUGGCUUUGAUAUUGGACCAUAUGAUUGACAAGUUUUAAAACAGAUAUUACUGAUAGUUUUGAAUGUUAUUAGUGAGGAAGUGGACUUUUCCUAUCUCUAAUAAAAAAAAGAAUUUUUUUUUAGUAAUUCUACAUACAAACAUUUACAGUCAUAGUCCUAGAGACUGAAAGUAAACUAAUCUUUACUAUUACUAAUGAAAUACAAAGAUAAGUUUUUUGAUGCAUAUUAAGAAUAUUCAGUGUUAUUUUAUAUCAAGAUUGCUUUGUUAAUAUAUGUAAAAUAGGAACAUCUUUAUAGCUAGCCUAAGUCUUUCAUAAUUUUUGGUAUCAGAACAAAAACAACUUCAGUUAGUGCAGAUAAAAAUCCUGAUUUUCUUUUUUAACUGUCAUGUGGCCUUAGAUUAUGAGAUUUUUUGUGUUAACAAAUUUAAUGUAACAAUGUAUAUACAAACCUUACUAAUUUUGAUAAAUGAUCAUUUAACUGUUAAUUGGCAGAUAAUGUUGUUAUCAACUUGUUCAGUAAUAAAAGAGUAUUCAGUUCAUGGUCGUACUUAUUGGUAAGAAAGCUAAAGGGAGGACACGGACAUUAAGGUAAUUAUCAAAAUAUCAGCCUCAGUGAAACUCACUUUUCUACCUGUUACUUUAAAAAAGUUAAUUUCCUUUCUGGACACAUUAAUAUUAACUUGUCAUUUUCUUUUUUUUCAAGUGUUUAGCUUUUUGAAUAAAAUGUUCACCAUUUUUAACCUUUUCUAAUUUGGAAGUGGUUAUCUUGUUUAGGUACUAACUGUUAUCAGUAUGUAUGUACAUAUAUUGCUUGAUCUGCCAAUAUCUGAGCUUAUUACAUUUCAAGUACUGUACUUUCAAAAUUUAUGAUAAAAGCACUUAGUACGUACAUAAACUUACUUUACUUUUCCUACUACUGGUGUAACAGUAGUGAACUGAAGAAUGUGUGAAACUUUUAAGGGUGAAGAUAUUUGUGUUUUGCAUUUAUAUUUCAAAGUUGGAUAAAUGAUACCUCACCAGCAGUAAUCUUUUUCGUGUUAGUUUUCUUUGGGACCAUUUGGAUUGUAUGACUCCUAAUUUCCAGCAUAUUAAAAAAACAUACUUGAGUGGACCACUGUUUAUAAAUUUGGCAGAAACUAUUUUCUUAAAAUAUAUAUUUUGAGGUGUAAACAAUUUAAAAUUUUACAUACACAGAAGAGGUUCAAGUAUGUAGUUUUUAUUCCUUUCCAUUGCUACAUGAAUAUCUCAAAGAUUAAAUCUUGUUCCUGGAUAAUUAAUAGUAAGGAUUUUAGUAUUAUUAUAUAUUAAGAUUGCUUUGUUAUUAUAUGUAAAAUAGGAACUACUUUAAAGCUAGCCUAUGUCUUUCAUAAUUUUUGGUAUUAAAACAAAAUUUCAGUCAGUGCAGAGAAUAAUCCUUAUUCAGUCAUUUGAGAGGAAAUGUUUGAUGGAGCAAAUGAUAGCAGUUCAGGAAGUGUCAAUGAAUUUAUUUAAUUGCACACUAAACUAUUUUGUAUGCUAAAUUGUCAAGUGUGAUAGUUGUUACACAUUAUAAUCUCAGUUGCUUAUGAAUUUGAUAAAAGAUUAGCAAUAUGUUUAAAUUUUAUAUUUAUUUUCUUCUGAUUGUUUUGACACUGAUUGACAAGGUUUGUUAUCCACUAUACAUCUGAAGCUUUCAUUAAUCCAAUAUUAUGCAUAGUUUUUGUUGUGAAAGUAAUUAAUGUGUAUGUAGAAUAUGCUGAUAAAUCUUGAGUGAAGAAGUGAGGGUUUCAAAGUCUAGUU